AUGCUCCGACCCUCAUCGCAGCAGUAUGUGGUGACCAGACCCAUGUACUCGGAGGACAGCUUUGAAGAAGAACAUGCAAAAGUCUUUAGGAAUCACAAGAACCUGCUGGAUCAUAUCAAAGAGUACUUCACUUGUAAUUCGAAACGUGCGAAGAACGCUGCCUUGUCCCUGCUACCUAUCAUCGGAUGGAUCAAGAUCUACUCAAUCAAAGAAUGGCUGUUAAAUGACAUUGUGUCUGGCAUCAGUACUGGACUGGUAGCUGUCCUCCAAGGACUAGCCUACAGUUUACUUGCAUCCAUCUCUCCCUGGUAUGGAUUAUAUGCAGCGUUUUUUCCAGUCAUCAUUUAUUUUUUCCUUGGCACCUCUCGACACAUUUCUGUGGGAGCUUUCCCUGUGUUGAGUCUCAUGGUGGGGGCAGUAGUGACCAGACUGGUGCCAGAUGAAGGUCCACCAGUCAACAUCACCGGCUUCGAGGGCCUGACAAAAGAUGAACAGAGAGCAAUAGUGUCUGCCUCGCUCACAUUCCUAAUGGGCUUAUUCCAGCUUGGCAUGGGUCUGCUACAGGUGGGAUUCAUAGUCAUGUAUCUAUCAGACACUUUGAUAUCAGGAUUCACCACUGCAGCUGCUGUUCACAUUCUGGUUUCUCAACUCAAGUUCAUAUUUGGGCUGAAGGUGCCAGGUUACAGUGGACCACUUGCCAUUGUAUACACUCUCAAGAGCAUAUUUGGCCAGAUCACCUCAACCAAUAUUCAUGAUCUGGUCACUGCGAUUGUGGUGAUGGUGAUGGUGCUGGUGGUAAAAGAGAUCAACGACAGAUUUAAAUCGAAGUUACCAGUGCCCAUCCCUAUCGAGGUGAUAAUGACCAUCAUAGCAUGUGGAGUCUCCUACGCAUUCAACUUCAAGGAAAACCAUGCGGUGGAUGUGGUGGGGACAAUUCCAAACUCGUUCGAGCCCCCAAUGGCUCCCAACCUGCAGGUUUUCCAGAUGACGGCGAUGGACGCUUUCCCAAUGGCUAUUGUGGGAUUUGCUGUGGCCUAUGCAGUGGCUAAAGUCUAUUCUGAUAAACACGACUACCUCAUUGAUGGAAAUCAAGAACUCAUUGCCUUUGGGGCAAGCAACAUCUUUGGAGGUGCCUUCAAGUCUCUGGCAGCCAGCACAGCUCUCUCUAGAAGUUCAGUUCAAGAAAGCACAGGAGGAAAAACACAGAUAGCUGGUUUUCUCUCUGCCAUUAUUGUGCUGAUAGUAACAUUAGGGAUAGGGUUCUUGUUGGAACCCCUACCAAAGUCAGUGCUGGGAGCUGUGGUAAUUGUGAACCUGAAGGGAAUGUUGAUGCAAGUGGUUGAGGUCCCAUACCUGUGGAAGAAGGAUCGACCCGACUGUAUUGUUUGGGUGGGUACGUGUUUGGCUUCUAUAAUACUGGGGCUUGACUUGGGUCUUGCUGUAGGACUUGGAGUGGAGCUGCUCACGGUGGUCUUCAGGGUUCAGUUCCCACGCUGCAGUAUCCUAGCUAAUGUCAAAGGGACGGAUAUCUACAGAGAUCGCAAAGACUAUGUCAGCAUCUAUGAACCAGAGGGAGUAAAGAUUUUCAGGAUUCCAUCUCCCAUUUUCUUUGCCAAUAUUGACUUUUUCAGAGACAAACUGAACGAUGCUGUGGGCUUUAAUCCAUUGAGAAUACUAAGGAAGAGAAACAAGGCUGUGAGGAAGAUUAAGAAACUGAUAAAGAAAGGGGAGCUGAUUUUAACAUCCAAAGGACUACAGGCCACAUGCUCAAUGCCCAUUGAAGAAUCAGAUGAUGAAAGCAACAUGGAGGAUCUGGAUCAGCCCACGGACUAUUCUGAUCUUCCCAUUCAGGUGAACUGGAACACAGAACUUCCUGCCAACAUCCGGGUACCUCCCGUGAACAUCCACAGUUUGGUCCUGGACUUUACUGCGGUCUCAUUUCUGGAUACAUCUGCACUCAAAGGUCUUAAAACGGCCUUAAAGGAAUUUAUACGCAUCAAUGUUGACGUUUAUAUUGUCGGCUGUGAUCCAUACAUCAUAGAGAAGCUGAGGAAAUGUAAAUUCUUCGAUGAUGAAAUAAAGACGUCCAUCUUUUUUUUGACCAUUCAUGAUGCAACGCUCUGCAUUCAUGAGUCCCAUCCACCAAUAACUGUGAGCGGAAAGGUUUGCGGAAACAACGGUUACGUAAAUGGCAGCAACAAAAAGUCUAACAUUUUAGGAAUCCAAUAUAUUGAGGAUAGCACAGUGGAGGUUGAAGCAGAUGCUAAACCAGAAACACGGUUGUAG